AUAAUUUAAUUAUAAACAUAUAUGAGCUUCGGAGUGUACUCAUAAUUUCAAACAUUUGGUUAAUCUCAAGAAUUGGAAAACAUUUUAAAAAACAAUAGCAUGACUUUGGAAGAAUUGUUGGAAAGAGACAAUUUCUUAUUUGACAUUAAAGCUGGAGCUAUGAAUGCAUUUACUGAGUUUGUUUGGAAAUAACCUGAGAAUUUGGAAAAGAUGAUUCACUACAUUGUGAUUUCAAAUGAGUAGAUGGAUGACAAUGAGAAAAGUCGAAAAUUUCCUUACAUCAUAAGUGAAAUAUUUGCCAUAGAAAAUACAAGAUUGUUUGAUUUAUUAUUCUUAAGACAUCGAAAUGAAUCCCAAUCCUCAUUAUUAAGCAACGAAAGACUGACUACUAUUGAAGAUGAUAUUUUACCAGAGUAUCAAAUGCAUCAUGAGGAUCAAUGCAAAGAAGAUGAAGAUUACAAUGGAGGAGGAAUAUCUGGAAUAUCUGGAACAUCAAUCUAGUGCGCAUCCUUCAAAUCCAAGUCAGGAAUGCAUCUGAAUGAAAAUGUUAGGUUGAAUAUAUUAAAUUCAUUUUUCAAAUACUUAGAGACUCCAAACAUUAACGAUACAUCUAUGGGGUAUUAUGCUAAGAUAUUAAAGCCUGUAGCCAGUAAAUAUGGAGGAGAAUUUUGGGAUCACAUCGUUGUUAACAACAACAUAAUAAGUGAUUUACUCCAGCAUAUCAACCAUUAUUAAAUUGUAGAAAUUGUGGUUAAACUAUUAAUUUUAGAUUACAAGAUCAAUGAUAAUAUAUACAUCAACCAAAAAUGUUAUAAUUAUAGAAAACAGCUUUUGGAAGAGAUGAUACACCAAAUGGACAAGUUUUCCGAUAACAUUACUAUGGUAGCAGACAUCACUUAAAUAUUUGAUUUGCUUUUGGAAUAGGGAAUUCAGCAAAAGUUAUAUGAGCCAUUAAGAGAAUUGUUUGACAAUGUAUUAAAACCAUAUUACUUUUUUAAAAUUGCUAAAAAAACUGGAGUGCUCUCUGUUUAUAAAGUAUUCUCUAAAAUCCUAUUAUUCAUUUAAGUCAAUUCCCUAUAAGACUAGAAAACCUCUGAUUUAAUAUAGAUAAUCUAAUAAAUCAAUCCACUAAUAGUCACUUAUUUGUAAGAUUAAGAAAACUUUGGACUCAAGAACCUAUGUCUUGUUUAAGCUCUCGAAAUUUGCGAUAAAUUGAACAACCCAUUGUUAUUUGAGUCCAUGUUUUAAGCACAACUAUAUUAAAGUUUAAUAGAGUAUGCCCUUAAGUAUCAAUGGAACAAUUAACUCCAAAUCUAUGUGACUUCUAUCAUAAAAUCGAGAAUAUAGGAUGAGAAAUAUUGUCAAAGAAUUCUUAAGGAGACCGACAUCUUGAAUCAAAUUAAAAAAAAUCUAAUUGAUCAACCUACUAAUUCAAGUUUUAAAUCUAAAUGUAGUCAUGGGUACAAUGGCUUCUUAAAAACAGUUGGCUACAAAAUAUUAUAGAAGCAAACAGCAAGCAAAAAGAUUAAUUAACUGCUAUAGGAGUGUAAUAAUUAAUAUGAUUAAUUAGAAUAUGGUCAGAUUAUAGAAGCUCUUUAAGGGUUAUAGUAGCUUGAAUAGACGUAUUUGUGUGAUGUAGACCCGAAAACACACAUGCAAGAAGCUCCUCCAGAUAUCAGUAUUGAUAGAUAAAUUGAAAUGCUGAUAGAUUCCCAAAAAGAAAAAGAAGAUCAACUUACAAAAUCGGAAUAAUAAUGA